AUGAGUGACGCACCCAUGGCCGAGUUCGGAGCAGCGGCUCCCUACCUUCGCAAAUCGGACAAGGAACGCCUAGAAGCACAGACCCGGCCCUUUGAUAGCCGCAAUGAAUGUUUUGUGCCCGACGAGAAAGAGGAGUUUGUCAAGGCCAAAGUGUUGAGCCGGGAAAGUGGGACUGUCACCGUGCAGACGGAGAACGGCAAGACGGUGACGGUGAGGGAGACCGAUGUCCACCAGCAGAACCCGCCCAAGUUCGACAAGAUCGAGGACAUGGCCAUGCUCACCUUUCUGAACGAACCGGCCGUGCUCUACAACCUGAAGGAGCGCUACGCCUCCUGGAUGAUCUAUACGUAUUCAGGCCUCUUCUGUGUUACGGUCAACCCUUACAAAUGGCUCCCCGUCUACAAUGCUGAGGUUGUAGCUGCCUACAGGGGCAAAAAAAGAAGCGAAGCCCCACCCCAUAUUUUCUCAAUCUCCGACAAUGCGUACCAAUACAUGUUGACAGAUCGAGAAAACCAAUCUAUCCUCAUCACUGGAGAAUCCGGUGCGGGGAAGACGGUCAACACUAAACGAGUCAUCCAGUACUUUGCCAGUAUUGCUGCCAUCGGGGACCGCAAGAAAGAGGCUGCCAACUCCACCAAGGGGACUCUGGAAGAUCAAAUCAUCCAGGCCAACCCAGCCUUAGAAGCCUUCGGCAACGCCAAGACUGUCCGGAAUGACAACUCCUCCCGUUUUGGUAAAUUCAUCCGGAUUCAUUUCGGGGCAACGGGGAAGUUGGCAUCUGCUGAUAUUGAGACUUAUCUCCUGGAGAAGUCUCGUGUUAUUUUUCAGCUCAAAGCUGAGAGAAAUUACCACAUAUUUUACCAGAUCUUGUCCAAUAAGAAGCCAGAACUUCUAGACCUCCUCUUGGUCACCAAUAACCCUUACGACUACCAUUACAUUUCCCAAGGAGAGGUAACGGUGGCCUCCAUUGAUGACUCUGAGGAGCUGAUGGCUACAGAUAGUGCCUUUGAUGUCCUGGGUUUCACCCCAGAGGAGAAAGUUGGCGUCUACAAACUAACGGGUGCCAUCAUGCACUAUGGGAACAUGAAGUUCAAGCAGAAGCAGCGUGAGGAACAGGCUGAGCCAGAUGGGACAGAGGAUGCAGAUAAAUCUGCCUACUUGAUGGGUCUCAAUUCAGCUGACUUGGUCAAGGGGCUCUGCCACCCUCGAGUGAAGGUUGGCAAUGAAUAUGUCACCAAAGGGCAAAAUGUCCAACAGGUGUAUUAUUCCAUUGGUGCCCUGGCUAAGUCUGUGUAUGAGAAAAUGUUCAGCUGGAUGGUGGUCAGGAUCAAUAACACUUUGGAGACCAAGCAGCCUCGGCAGUAUUUCAUUGGAGUGCUGGACAUUGCAGGAUUUGAGAUCUUUGAUUUCAACAGCUUUGAGCAACUCUGCAUCAACUUCACCAAUGAGAAGCUACAGCAGUUCUUCAACCAUCACAUGUUUGUGCUGGAACAAGAAGAGUACAAGAAGGAGGGCAUUGAAUGGGUGUUCAUUGACUUUGGCAUGGACCUGCAGGCCUGCAUUGACCUCAUUGAGAAGCCUCUAGGCAUAAUGUCCAUCCUGGAAGAAGAGUGCAUGUUCCCCAAAGCCACCGACAUGACCUUCAAGGCCAAGCUGUACGAUAACCACCUGGGCAAGUCGGCCAACUUUGGGAAAGCCCGCAACACCAAGGGCAAGCCAGAGGCACAUUUUGCCCUCGUCCACUACGCUGGCACCGUUGACUACAACAUCAAUGGGUGGCUGGAGAAGAACAAGGACCCCCUCAAUGAGACUGUGGUGGGGCUCUACCAGAAAUCGGCCCUGAAGCUCCUGGCUACACUCUUCUCUACUUAUGCUGGCAGUGAGGCUGGUGGAGAAGGCGGGAAAGGAAAAGGCUCCAAGAAGAAAGGGUCAUCUUUCCAGACUGUCUCAGCACUUCACCGGGAGAAUCUGAACAAGUUGAUGGCCAACCUCAAAACCACCCACCCUCAUUUUGUGCGGUGCAUCAUCCCCAAUGAACGAAAGGCACCUGGUGUAAUGGACAACCCCUUGGUCAUGCACCAAUUACGCUGCAAUGGAGUCCUGGAGGGGAUCCGAAUCUGCCGGAAGGGAUUCCCCAACCGGAUUCUCUACGGGGACUUCAGGCAAAGGUACCGCAUCCUAAAUCCUGCGGCCAUCCCGGAGGGCCAGUUCAUAGACAGCCGGAAGGGGGCAGAAAAACUUUUGGGCACCCUGGACAUUGACCACAACCAGUACAAAUUUGGUCAUACCAAGGUAUUUUUCAAGGCAGGGUUGCUGGGCCAGCUGGAGGAGAUGCGUGAUGAACGCCUGUCCCGUAUCAUCACACGCAUCCAGGCCCGGGCAAGGGGUCAGCUCAUGCGCAUUGAGUUCAAGAAGAUUGUGGAGCGGAGGGACGCCUUGCUCGUUAUUCAGUGGAACAUCCGUGCGUUCAUGGGAGUGAAAAAUUGGCCUUGGAUGAAGCUCUUCUUCAAGAUCAAGCCUUUGCUGAAGAGCGCGGAGACAGAGAAGGAGAUGCAGACGAUGAAAGAGGAAUUUGGGAGGCUGAAGGAAGCGCUGGAGAAGUCAGAAGCCCGGAGAAAAGAACUGGAGGAGAAGAUGGUUUCAUUGCUGCAGGAGAAGAAUGACCUCCAGCUGCAAGUUCAGGCUGAGCAGGACAAUCUGAACGAUGCUGAGGAACGCUGCGACCAGCUGAUCAAGAACAAGAUCCAGCUGGAGGCCAAGGUGAAAGAGAUGACCGAACGGAUAGAGGAUGAGGAGGAAAUGAACGCCGAGCUCACCGCUAAGAAGCGGAAGCUGGAAGAUGAGUGUUCAGAACUGAAGAAGGACAUAGAUGAUUUGGAGCUAACCUUGGCUAAGGUGGAGAAGGAGAAACACGCAACGGAGAACAAGGUGAAAAACCUAACUGAAGAAAUGGCUGGUCUGGAUGAGAUCAUUGCAAAACUUACUAAGGAGAAGAAAUCACUGCAGGAGGCCCACCAGCAAGCAUUAGAUGACUUCCAAGUUGAAGAAGACAAAGUCAACAGUCUCACCAAAGCCAAAAUGAAGCUGGAACAACAAGCAGAUGAUUUGGAAGGUUCUCUGGAACAGGAGAGGAAGAUGCGGAUGGAUCUUGAACGGUCCAAGAGGAAGCUUGAAGGAGACUUUAAGUUGGCACAAGAGAACAUUAUGGACUUAGAGAAUGACAAACAACAGCUGGAAGAAAAAAUUAAAAAGAAAGAGUUUGACAUCAACCAGCUGAACAGCAAGAUUGAAGACGAACAGGCUCUGGCCUCACAGUUGCAGAAGAAACUGAAGGAGCUACAGGCACGGAUUGAGGAGCUGGAAGAGGAGAUUGAGGCGGAGCGCACGGCCCGCGCCAAGGUCGAAAAACAACGCUCUGACAUUUCACGAGAACUCGAGGAGAUCAGUGAGCGGCUGGAGGAGGCCGGAGGAGCCAACUCGGUCCAGGUUGAGCUGAACAAGAAGCGAGAGACCGAGUUCCAGAAGAUGCGGCGUGACCUGGAAGAGGCCACACUGCAGCACGAGGCCACAGCGGCCACCUUGCGCAAGAAGCAUGCUGAUUCUGUGGCGGAGCUGGGCGAGCAGAUCGACAACCUGCAACGCGUGAAGCAGAAGCUGGAGAAGGAGAAGAGCGAGCUGAAGCUAGAACUGGAUGACGUUGCUUCCAACAUGGAGCAGAUUCUGAAGGCCAAGGCAAACUUAGAGAAGAUGUGCCGCACGGUGGAGGACCAGUCUGCAGAUUACCGCGCCAAGUUGGAAGAAACACAGAGGACUCUCAAUGACACCAACACGCAGAGAGCGAAGCUGCUGACUGAAAAUGGAGAACUCACUCGGCAGCUCGAAGAGAAAGAGGCGCUUAUUUCUCAGCUCACUCGUGGGAAACAGUCCUACACCCAGCAAAUGGAGGACCUGAAAAGACAGUUGGAAGAGGAGUCCAAGGCCAAAAACGCUCUGGCGCACGCUCUGCAGUCAUCCCGCCAUGACUGUGACCUGCUGAGAGAGCAGUACGAAGAGGAGAUGGAGGCCAAAUCUGAGCUGCAGCGCUUGCUCUCCAAGGCCAACUCCGAGGUGGCCCAGUGGAGAACCAAGUACGAAACUGAUGCCAUCCAGAGAACGGAGGAGCUGGAGGAGGCCAAGAAGAAGCUGGCCCAGCGGCUGCAGGAGGCCGAGGAAGCGGUGGAGGCCGUGAAUGCCAAAUGUUCCUCCCUGGAGAAGACCAAACACCGUCUGCAGAACGAGAUUGAAGACCUCAUGGUGGACGUGGAGCGCUCAAACGCGGCUGCAGCUGCCCUGGACAAGAAGCAAAGGAACUUCGACAAGAUUCUUUCUGAAUGGAAGCAGAAGAACGAAGAAUCUCAGGCAGAGCUGGAGUCAUCACAGAAGGAGUCCCGCUCGCUCAGCACGGAGCUCUUCAAGCUGAAGAAUGCCUACGAGGAGUCCCUGGAGCACCUGGAGACACUGAAAAGGGAGAACAAGAAUUUGCAAGAGGAGAUUUCGGACCUCACGGAACAGCUGGGCCAAGGGGCCAAAAGCAUGCAUGAGUUGGAGAAGGCGAAGAAGCAGCUUGAGUCUGAGAAGGCGGAGUUACAGGCAGCCCUGGAGGAGGCCGAGGCCUCUCUGGAACACGAGGAAGGAAAGAUCCUCCGAGCUCAGCUGGAGUUCAACCAAAUCAAGGCUGAAAUUGAGCGCAAGUUGGCUGAGAAGGACGAGGAAAUGGAGCAGGCCAAGCGGAAUCACUUGAGGAUGGUGGACUCGCUCCAGGCAUCCUUAGACGCCGAGACCCGCAGCCGCAACGAGGCACUGAGGAUCAAGAAGAAGAUGGAGGGCGACCUCAACGAUAUGGAGAUCCAGCUUAGCCAAGCUAAUCGGGUGGCCGCUGAGGUUCAAAAGCACCUCAAAAUUGCUCAUGCCCACCUCAAGGACAACCAGAUUCAACUGGACGACGCCCUACGAGCCAACGAGGACUUGAAGGAGAACAUUGCCAUUGUGGAAAGGCGGAACACUCUGCUGCAGGCUGAGCUGGAAGAGCUACGCAGUGUGUUGGAGCAGACGGAGCGUGGACGGAAACUGGCAGAGCAGGAACUGACUGAGGCCAGUGAGAGGGUCCAGCUCCUUCACUCCCAGAAUACCAGCCUCAUCAACCAGAAGAAGAAGAUGGAGACUGAUCUGACCCAGCUUCAGUCAGAAGUGGAAGAAGCUGUGCAGGAGUGCAGAAACGCUGAGGAGAAGGCCAAGAAGGCCAUCACAGAUGCGGCCAUGAUGGCGGAGGAGCUGAAGAAGGAGCAGGACACCAGCGCCCACCUGGAGCGGAUGAAGAAGAACAUGGAGCAGACCAUCAAGGACCUGCAGAUGCGCCUGGACGAGGCGGAGCAGCUGGCCCUGAAGGGGGGCAAGAAGCAGCUGCAGAAGCUGGAGGCCCGGGUGCGAGAGCUGGAGAACGAGCUGGAGGCGGAGCAGAAGCGCAACGCGGAGAACAUCAAGGGCAUGCGCAAGUGUGAGCGCCGCAUCAAGGAGCUCACUUACCAGACCGAGGAGGAUAAGAAAAACUUGCUGAGACUCCAGGACCUGGUAGAUAAAUUGCAACUCAAGGUCAAAGCCUAUAAAAGACAAGCCGAAGAAGCAGAGGAACAGGCCAACACCAACCUUGCCAAAUUCCGGAAGGUCCAGCACGAGUUGGACGAAGCCGAGGAGCGGGCGGACAUUGCUGAGUCCCAGGUCAACAAGCUGAAGGCCAAAAGUCGUGAUGUGGGAGGAAAGAAGCUUCAUGAUGAGGAGUGAGGAAGUCUGGAAAAACUCAAUUUAGCCAAACCAGCAAUCAAUGAUUUUCGCCUUGAGAGGCCAUAACAUGAAUAUAGUGGUGAAUAAAUCUGAAUAGCAACUAG